AUGGAAGACGUGUCUACUUUGAUAAAACUUGCAUCACGAAUUACAGUUUUCAUCUACAACCACAAGUGGCCUCUAAAAUGGUUAAGAAAAAGACCCAAUUGGACAGAAAUUAUCCGUCCUGGGGCCACCCGAUUUGGUACAUCAUUCAUUGCAUUGAAGAGUUUACAUGAUCAUAAGUAUGAUUUGCAAGCUUUAGUAACCUCUGUUGAUUUCAAGAAUAUGUUGAAAGUGACUAAAACUAGCGAUGUGAAACAAACUAUCUUAGAUGAGAAGUUUUGGGAUAAUUGUUUUAUAACUGUUCAGGUGAUGAGUCCUAUCUUAAGACUUUUGCGUAUAUGUGAUUCCGAUAAAAAGCCUUCAUUAGGUUACUUUUAUGAAGGUAUGCUUAGGAUAAGGAAAGGAGUCAAAGAGUUUUUUAAAAGGAAAAGACAUUACUAUAAGUGGUAUGUUGAUAUUAUUGAUGCUCGUUGGGAUAAGAUGUUAUGCAAAAGUCUUCAUGAAGUAGCUUAUUGGCCCAUUUCGAUAUUUGAAUAUGAAAAAGAUAAUCGUGAAGAAAAGCAAAAGGCAUGGGAUAAAGUAGGUACUUUUGGUCGAUCUAUUGCUAUGUCUUCCGUAGAGCUUGAGCGUCCCGAGGAGUGGUGGAAAGCGUUCGGUGGAGAUGUACCGGCGUUACAAAAAUUUGCCAUAAGAAUUUUAAGUCAAAGCGCAUCCUCUUCCGGAUGUGAACGGAAUUGGAGUGUUUUUGUGAGAAUUCACACCAAAAGAAGGAACCGCUUGGAGAAUCAAAGGCUAGGUGAUCUCGUAUAUGUGCAUUACAACUUAUAUCUACAAAAUAGGCUAAAUGAGAGCAAAAGGCCAUAUGACCCGGUUGAUUACCAAAGCGUUGAUAAAAACGAAUUUUGGGUGGUGGAAGACGAGAAUGAAUCCGAGCUUAACUAUGAUGAUUUAGAAAAUAUGCUCGAUGAGGAGCUCCCAAUUAACCUUAAUUCACAAACACAACCAUCCGAAGGCCAAGAAUUCAACGAAGAAGAUAAUGUGGUUCAAGUUGAUGAUGUUAUUAGUUUUGAUGAUGGCGAUUUUGAUGAUGAUGAUGAUUCGGAUUCACUAGAUGAUUGGUAG